AGGGCUAUGAUUCCUUGUGUCCAGGAAUAUAUGGGCAAAAAAUCUCUCUUCCUCCAGAGGGGUUUGGUCAGAAUGCAGAAACUAAAGGCAGCACCAGAAGAUUAGAUCGAUAGAAUACUGUGGUACUAGAUAAUAUACUAAGAUAUUUACUUUUCCGAGGACUGAAGGGAAGUGCCUGAACCGGUGAAAGUAGCCGAGAUAAGUUUUCAUUGCUAAGUGGUUGGAGGUGUGCAAGAAUUAUAGAAGCAAAAGAAGAUAAUAAUAUUAUACUGCUGACAACCUGAAUGAAAAAGAAACCAACCAAUACUCUUCAUCAAAGAGGAAACUUAAGGCAGAGGUCAGGGGCAACCGCCCUGGCCAUCAAGAAUACAAAACCUUUUAGUUAAGAUGAUUGGUAGCCUUAACCCGCAGAUAAAAAUCACUGGAGUCGAAAGCGAAUAUCAACCAACGAAUCCAGCUAACCCUGAACAUACGAGAGCAGGUCUUGGUCUAUAUUCAAAAGGAGAUAAGGCAGCAGAAUUCGAUUCUAUGUUCCACAAAUUCGGAGGACAGAGUCGCUACUCUUACCGCAUCCCUGACAACCUCAGACCGGGGGGGGUCUUCGACAGUGUAAGCGAGAUCAAAGACCAGUAUCGCAGUGUCAAAGCGGAGAGGCCGGUCAUCCACAGACAACGGACUAACCUCAAGCCGGAGGACGGGAGGUUCGGAUGGCCUUCUGAGUUCAGGGAUCAGUACCGGGAAUUCCAGGCACAACGUCCUGUAGUUAAAAAGAUGAGCGAAACUUUACGUCCUGAAGGGAAGUUUGGAGAAACUUCCGAGAUCCAUGAUAAGUAUCGGCAGUUUGAAACCCAAAGAAAUAUUGCACCCAAACAGGGGUCCACCUUGAGACCAGAGGGCAUGUUUGGGGAAACUUCAGAAAUCCAUGACAAGUAUAAACGGGUAGAACCACAACGAAACAUUGCAAAGAGACACUCAUCCAAUCUGAAACCUGAAGGCCAGUUUGGCGAGACUUCAGAACUACAUGAUAAAUUUAAGCCUCUUGAUUCACACCGUAAUAUUGCAAAGAAACAUUCUGCAAACCUAAAACCUGAGGGUCGAUUUGGUGAAACCUCUGAACUGCACGAUAAAUAUAAACAUUUAGAGCCACAACGGAAUAUAGCAAAGAGACAUUCAGCUAAUUUAAAACCUGAAGGCCUAUUCGGUGAGACUUCAGAGGUCCAUGCAAUGUACAAGGAAGUUCAGCCAGUUCGGAACAUUGCGAAAAGACACCAAGCAAAUCUGAGGCCGGAGGGUCACUUUGGCGAAACUUCUGAGCUGCAUGACAAGUACAAGGAAGUAGAAAGACAACGCAAUAUUGCCAAAAGACAUUCUGCAAAUCUAAAGCCUGAAGGUAAGUUUGGCGAAACUUCAGAAUUACACGACAAAUACAGAGAAUUUCAACCACAAAGGAACAUUGCUAAAAAGCAUACAGCAAAUUUGAAACCAGAAGGCCACUUUGGCGAAACAUCAGAAUUGCAUGAUAAGUAUAAGGAAGUUGAACCACAGCGUAAUAUUGCAAAAAGACAUUCUUCUAACCUUAAGCCAGAGGGUCACUUUGGUGAGACUUCAGAACUCCAUGACAAGUAUAAGGAGCUCGAGCCACAGAGAAAUAUUGCAAAGAGACAUUCUGCCAAUCUUAAGCCAGAGGGCCACUUUGGUGAAACAUCUGAACUCCAUGACAAGUAUAAGGAAUUGGAACCACAGAGAAAUAUUGCAAAAAGGCAUUCUGCCAACCUUAAACCUGAAGGCCAGUUUGGCGAGACUUCAGAAUUACAUGAUAGUUAUAGAGAAUUUGAACCUCAGAGAAACAUCGCUAAGAAACACUCAGCAAACUUGAAACCAGAGGGCCACUUUGGCGAAACAUCCGAAUUGCAUGAUAAGUAUAAAGAAGUUGAACCACAGAGAAAUAUUGCUAAGAGGCAUACUGCUAACCUCAAACCGGAGGGCCACUUCGGCGAGACAUCAGAAUUACACGAUAGUUACAGAGAGUUUGAGCCUCAAAGAAACAUUGCAAAGAAGCAUUCGGCAAACCUGAGACCUGAGGGUCACUUUGGAGAGACUUCUGAAUUGCACGACAAAUAUAAGGAAGUGGAACCACAGAGAAAUAUUGCGAAAAGACAUUCUGCCAAUCUUAAACCAGAGGGCCAUUUUGGUGAGACUUCAGAGCUCCAUGACAAGUAUAAACAGCUUGAACCACAGAGAAAUAUUGCAAAGAGACAUUCUGCUAAUCUCAAGCCAGAGGGUCACUUUGGUGAGACUUCAGAAUUACAAGAUAGUUACAGAGAGUUUGAACCUCAAAGAAACAUUGCUAAAAAACAUUCAGCAAAUCUGAGACCUGAGGGUCAUUUUGGAGAGACCUCUGAACUGCAUGACAAAUACAAGGAACUGGAACCACAGAGAAAUAUUGCGAAAAGACAUUCUGCCAACCUUAAACCAGAGGGCCAUUUUGGUGAGACUUCAGAGCUCCAUGACAAGUAUAAGGAGCUUGAACCACAGAGAAAUAUUGCAAAGAGACAUUCUGCCAAUCUUAAGCCAGAGGGUCACUUUGGUGAAACAUCUGAACUCCAUGACAAGUAUAAGGAAGUGGAACCACAGAGAAAUAUUGCCAAAAGACAUUCUGCUAACCUUAAACCAGAGGGUCACUUUGGUGAGACUUCAGAAUUACAUGACAGUUACAGAGAGUUGGAACCUCAAAGAAACAUCGCUAAGAAACACUCGGCAAACUUGAAACCAGAGGGCCACUUUGGCGAAAUAUCCGAAUUGCAUGACAAGUAUAAGGAAGUUGAACCACAGCGUAACAUUGCGAAAAGGCACUCUGCUAAUCUUAAACCAGAGGGCCACUUUGGUGAAAUAUCCGAACUGCAUGACAAGUAUAAGGAAGUGGAACCACAGAGAAAUAUUGCCAAGAGACAUUCUGCUAACCUUAAACCGGAAGGUCAGUUUGGUGAAACCUCUGAACUUCAUGACAAAUACAGACCUUUAGAGAGCCAGAGAAACAUUGCCAAGAAGCAUUCAGCAAACCUCAGACCAGAGGGGCAUUUUGGGGAGAAUUCGGAAAUUCAUGAUAAGUACAAACCAUUGGAUUCGCAGAGGAACAUUGCAAAGAGGCAUUCGGCAAAUUUAAAACCUGAAGGGCACUUCGGUGAAAUUUCAGAACUGCAUGAUCAAUAUAAGGAAUUUGAAAGACAGAGGAAUAUUGCCAAAAAACAUUCGGCAAACCUCAAACCAGAAGGGCGUUUUGGCGAAACAUCAGAGCUUCAUGACAAAUACAGGGAAUUUGAAAGACAAAGGAAUAUUGCAAAGAAACACUCAGCAAACUUGAAACCUGAAGGUCACUUUGGCGAGACCUCAGAGCUACACGACAAAUAUAAGGAAGUGGAACCACAAAGAAAUAUCGCCAAGAGACAUUCAGCCAAUUUAAAGCCGGAAGGACACUUUGGCGAAACGUCAGAACUUCAUGAUAAAUACAAACCUUUAGACUCCCAGAGGAACAUUGCGAAGAAACACUCUGCAAACCUCAGACCCGAAGGCCAGUUUGGAGGCACUUCCGAACUCCAUGACAAGUAUAUCCCACUGGAAACUCAACGCAGCAUAGCCAAGCGCCACACUUCCGAACUAAAACCCGAGGGGAAAUUUGGGGAAACUUCGGAGAUCCACGAUAAGUACAAACAACUCGAAACGCAGAGGAACAUUGCGAAACGCCACGGUGCAUCCCUGAAACCCGAAGGAGAAUUUGGUGAAGUUUCAGAGGUCCAUGACAAAUACAAAACUUUCCAGGCAAGCCGACCUAUCGUGGAGAAGAGAAACACUGAUAAUAUUUGGCAAGAAGCUCCAAAUUACGAGUUCACUGAUACAUCUAUGCUGGACCUGAGAAUACCACCAAAGUAUAACAACAAUAUAAAACCUGUAACGGUUGCCUAGUGUUGUCAGACAACCGUUACGGGUAGUAUUAGUUUUGUUCUUUACAGUUUAGCCAAUCAUAAGUGCACCGCUUAUGGUUAUAGUGGUUUCUGAAGGAUAGAAACGCCUUAUUAUGUGGAUCUAGCUCUUAGGCACAAUAUAUUGUUUUAUUCCUGAUAUUAGAUUAUCCUAUCAUAUAUAAAACAUUCCUACAGAUGCAUUGCAUGAAAUCAUAUUAUAUAAUGUACUCACAUUCAACUCGCACACCUAUAUGCCUUGCGUACAAAAGAAAGCUCCUUACAACAUUAUCUGAGGACAACGUUUGUUCAGGAGGCUAAAGUCAAGUGAUAUAUAUUCACAACCACAAGUUUUACACACAUAGGAAGCAACGCAGGCUCAGUCAUCUAGGCGCUGGAAGUCUAGUUCACCUGAAGCCGGUAUCACCUCUAUGAAGUCUUCAGUCAUCUCAUUUAUAUAUUUUUGGUAGGGUCAUUACACUCUAAAUGUGAAUAAUAAAUACAACUGGUCGUA